AAGGUCUCCUUUCGGACACUAGCUUGGCCAAAUGUUGACGACAAGGAGUCUCUCGAGACAUUGCUCGAGAACUUGUAAAUGGUCUUUAUCGUCUCUUCUUCAAUCAGAUUCCUCCAGGAAUCUGGUUUUGUCAUCGAAUCCGGUUACAAGCAAUGUGAUGCUUCAGCCUGGUAGCUCUAAUGAAUUCAACUCCAGUUCAUUGAUGCAUCAAGUCUUCAAGGGAUGGUCUCGAGCUAUGUCUACAUCGAGAGGAAGGAGCAUGAGGAGUAAAGUUGAGAGUAGGAUGAGGAAAGAGUCUGGUAAGACGUUAAGAGAGAUUAGGAGAGCUAAGAAAUUGAAGAAGAAACUCAUGACUGAUGAAGAAAGACUCAUCUACAACCUCAAAAGGGCGAAGAAGAAAGUUGCACUUCUAUUGCAAAAGCUCAAGAAGUACGAUCUUCCUGAGCUGCCAUCUCCUGUUCAUGAUCCUGAGCUUUUCACACCGGAGCAGAUCCAAGCGUUCAAGAAAAUCGGUUUCAAGAAUAAAAACUACGUCCCUGUUGGUGUUCGUGGAGUCUUUGGAGGAGUGGUCCAGAACAUGCAUAUGCACUGGAAGUUUCAUGAGACGGUGCAGGUUUGCUGCGAUAACUUCCCAAAGGAAAAGAUUAAAGAGAUGGCCACCAUGAUAGCGAGACUUAGCGGCGGGGUAGUCAUUAAUAUACAUAACGUGAAGACUAUUAUUAUGUUCCGUGGUAGAAACUACAGGCAGCCUAAGAACCUUAUCCCUGUCAACACUCUCACAAAACGGAAGGCUUUGUUUAAAGCGAGAUUUGAGCAAGCACUUGAAUCUCAGAAGCUGAACAUCAAGAAAACAGAACAGCAGCUAAGGAGAAUGGGUGUUAACCCCGAAGAUCCGGUUGCCAUGGCUAGCAUCCAGAGAGUUGCCUCAACGUUCUUCAACGCAAUCGACAAAAAAGAAGGAAGUCCAUAUGUCUUCCAUGGAGAUAAACAAUCAGAGCGAGGGACUAGUGUGGUGAAUACGGAAGAAACAGAACCGGCUGAUGAAGAUAGUGACCAGGAGGAGCUAGACAGAUUCAUAGCUGAGAUAGAAGAGGCGGCAGACAAGGAGUGGGAGGAAGAGGAGGCUGCGGAGCAAGAGGAAUCUGGUAGAAUCAGGUAUUGGAACCGAGAGGAGUUUGCAGGAAGAAGCAGAGGACCUGAGAUGCGUAGCUACGGAGACUCGAGUCAUGGCUUUAGAAGAAAUGAGAGGGAUACACGUAGCCAGAGGAGAUCCAACGAUAGUGAUGAUGAUGAUGAUAAUGACACUGAUCAAUUGGAUUCUGAGGAUGAUGAUGAGAUCCCAAAGAGGUUUGAUAGGCCAAGAUCAAAUACAAGAAGGCAGGGUCAGGGACAGGAUUUUAUGAGAAGAAGCCAUGAUCCUCGACCUCGAGUGAGGAGUGAUGAAGAUGUGUUGAGUGAUCUUGAUAGCACAAUGUGGGAUUCAGGAGAUGAAGAAGAUGCACCAGCUAAUUAUAUUUCGAGCAGCGACGAGGAGGACGAAGAUGAAAACAAAACUAAACAACCAAGGUUCAGUAACAACAAUUCGAAGACCAAGAGUGGAAAACAAAGGGAUGAGGAUUGUGAUAGUGAUUAGAAAAUGAGGAACAUGAGAUCACAGAGUUCUGAUCUUUUUAUUUGUCAUCCUUGGUUUCGGAUUAUUAAAUGAGAACUGAAAGAUUUUAAACUGUGUUCUGAAUAUUGAAAGCUGAUAAGGUUCUAUUGUUGGCUUUGGUUUGUAUGAUUCACUGGAAGACAAAGCAUUUCGGGUAUCUGUUUGCUUUAUUUCGGGUUUCGUAUUUUUCAAAAGAUAUAGGACAUGUGCGCGUA